AUGAUCCCCGCCAUCACCGCGAAGUAUGACUGGAUCCUCGCCCUCACCUCUAUCGCCUUCGUCUUCAGCGCCUUUGGCAACGGCGCCAACGAUGUCGCCAACUCCUACGCCACCUCCGUGGCAGCCCGCACGCUCGAAAUGUGGCAGGUCGGCAUCCUCGCCACCAUCACCGAGUUCGUCGGCGCCGUAGCCCUCGGAUCCCGCGUCACAGACACCAUCAAAGACGGCAUCAUCUCCCCCGACCGCUUCAUGGGCAACCCCGGCACCUUCAUGCUCGCCAUGGGCUGCGCCGAGCUCGGCAGCGCCUUCUGGCUCAUGUUCGCUACCACCUACGGCAUGCCGGUCUCCACGACGCAGACCGUCGUCGGCGCCCUCGUCGGCGUCGGCUUCGCCACGCAGGCCAAAAUCAGCUGGGGCUGGGCCGACGGCAGCGUCUCCCAGAUCGCCGCCAGCUGGGGCAUCGCUCCCGCCAUCGCAGGCGGCUUCUCGGCCCUCAUCUUCGGGGUCCUCAAGUACUCGGUCCUCGAGCGCAAGGACUCCUUCAAGUGGGCCAUGCGGCUCAUCCCCUUCUACCUCGCCUUCACGGGCGCCAUCCUCGCCCUGUUCAUCGUCGUCGAAGCCCCCUCCGCCCCCUCCCUCGAGGCCUUCGGCGCCGGCAAGGCGGCCGGAAUCAUCCUCGGCGUCUUCUUCGGCUGUCUCGCCAUCGGAUACAUCUUCUUCGUCCCUUACUUCCACCGCCGUCUCGUCCGCCAGGACCCCCGCAUCCGUCCCUGGCAUAUCCCCCUCGGCCCCUGGCUGAUGAAGGAGAAUUGCCCCCUUUACCUCCCCGGUAAGGGCGACAAGUUCGUCACCAACUACUACGAAGACGCCUACGGCGAGGAGCGCGCAGGCCAGAAGGACAAUAACAACAACAUCAUCAACAACGCAGCCGAAGCCACGGACGUCGAACGCUCAGCUAUCUCCACCGCCUCGUCCCCUGAGAUCCAGCCCCAGAAGAAAUUAGUCCACAUCGGACCCCACGAGCGCUUCCUCGCCCCCGUCGCCGACCUCAGCUGGCUCAACCCGCGUAAGACCUGGGGCUGGACCAAGUUCAUCCUCCUGCAGGGCGUCACCCGCGAUGUCAUCACCCACGACUCGGCUCACCUCCGCUCUAUCCACGCCCGUGCUCACCGCUACGACGACCGCGUCGAACAUCUCUGGACGUACUGCCAGGUUGUCUCUGCCAUCAUCAUGUCCAUCGCGCACGGCUCCAACGAUGUGGCCAACUCUGUUGGCCCGUGGGCUGGGUCCUACGCGACUUACCUCGCUGGCGAGGUCGACACGGAGGCCUCCACGCCUGUCUGGUUCCUCGUUAUUGCCGGCCUGCUCCUCGGUCUCGGCUUCUGGUUCUACGGGUACCAUAUCAUGCGCGCGCUGGGCAACAAGAUCACGCAGAUGUCGCCGACGCGUGGCUUUGCGACGGAGCUUGGGGCCGCCAUUACGGUGCUCCUCGCCUCGAGACUGGGUCUGCCCGUGUCCACGACGCAGUGUCUGACGGGCGCGGCGACGGGUGUCGCGUUGAUGAAUUACGAUCUGGGCGCUGUCAAUUGGAGACAGUUGGCGUUUAUCUUUUUGGGCUGGGUGUUGACGUUGCCUUGUGCCGGGUUGGUCGCGGGCUUGAUGUGUUUGAUGGCGUUGAACACGCCGCAUUUUUAG